AUGAGUCCUUCGGGGCGGAGGAUGGACGAUGCGUGUCAGCGGCGGGGGGCUGCCUCCGGGAAGUGCCUUCUGCUCCCAGCGAGCACAGGGUCACCCUGCAGGCGGCUGGGCAGCGGCGGCGGUGCUCCUGGGGCGCAGAGCGCCUGGCUCCGGCUGUUCGUGUACGCGUGCCUGUGGGCUGCCUCGGGCUCAUCCGCUCAGGUGUUCAACCUCAGCCUUUCCGUGGAUGAGGGGCUCCCCCCGGACACGCUGGUUGGCGACAUCCGCGCCGGGCUGCCCUUGGCGCAGCAGCAGGAGGGGGGCGGCUUCUUUCUGUCGGAGGAUUCCAGCGACUCCCCGCUGCUGGACGACUUCCACGUGCACCCGGAUACCGGCAUCAUCCGCACCGCGCGGUACCUGGACCGCGAGCGACGCGACCACUACAGCUUCGUGGCCGCCACGCUGCUGGGCGCUGUGGUGCAGGUGGAGAUCCGCGUCAACGACGUGAACGACCACUCACCCCGCUUUCCCCGCGACUCCCUGCAGCUCGACGUCUCUGAGCUCAGCCCUCCCGGGACCGCUUUCCGCCUGCCAGGUGCCCACGACCCCGAUGCCGGGCUGUUCAGUACACAGGGCUACACCCUGGUGCAGCCCGCCGACCUCGCCGGGGACCCCGCGGGACCAUUCUUCCAACUGCGCUACGGUACUGCCGGGCCACCGCCGCCUCCGCGAAUGGGCUCCUCUUCGUCCCUGGAGCCCCUGGACCUGGUGCUGCUGCGGCGCUUGGACAGAGAGGAGGCGGCGGCGCACGAGCUGCGGAUCGAGGCGUGGGACGGCGGCCACCCUCAGCGCACCGGCAGCCUGCGGGUGGAGCUGCGCGUGCUGGAUGAGAACGACAACCCGCCGGUUUUCGAGCAAGCAGAGUACCGCGCUGCCGUGCGCGAGGACGCCCCACUGGGCGCCGAGGUCUGCCACGUGCGCGCCACCGACCGAGACCUGGGGCCCAAUGGCCACGUGCGCUACCGGCUCCGCGCGCGCCAAGCGCCCGGGGCAGGUGACGAGCCCCUGGGAGAUGCGGCCUACUUCGCGGUGGAGGAGCUGAGCGGCGUGGUGCGGCUGCGCAGGCCGCUGGACCGCGAGGCGCAGGCCUGGCACCAACUGGUGGUCGAGGCCCGGGAUGGGGGCGCAGAGCCCGAGGUCGCCACCGUGCGUGUGUCUGUCGCCGUCAUGGAUGUGAAUGACAACCCACCUGCUAUUCACCUGCUUUUCCUGACUGAGGGCGGCGCGGCCCGGGUCUCUGAAGGCGCUCCGCUGGGUGACUAUGUGGCUCGCGUCUCCGUGUCAGAUGCUGAUGACGACCUGGGGAAGGAAGAGGACGCCACUGGGGAGCUUGGUGUGGGUCUCAGAGGCGAGAGCAUCUCUUUGUCCUUGGAGGGCGGAGAAGGGGCCUUUUCUCUGCUCCCCGGGGGCUCCCCGGGCGUAUUUUUUCUUUGCGUCCAGGGGCCCCUGGACAGAGAGAACCGUGACUUAUAUGCACUGCGGCUGGUGGCCACGGAUGCAGGGUCUCCACCUCUGAGCACCGAGGAGAUGCUGCUGAUCCGGGUCGCUGACCUCAACGACCAGAGGCCGCUCUUCAGUCAGGAGCACUACCAGGCCUCAGUGUCCGAGGCCGCAGUCCCUGGCACUACAGUCUUGUGGGUCAGCGCGUCCGAUGCGGACGAGCCUGGCACCGACGGGGCCCGACUGCGCUAUGCGUUAAUCCAACCGCUGGCUCCCUGUACUCCAGAGACUUUGCCUUCUACGGUGGGGUGCGGGCCCUACUUCACCAUCGAUCCUGAGAGCGGUGUGAUCAGCACUAUGCGGAUCCUAGACAGAGAGGUCCAGGAGACAGUGGAGCUGAAAGUGGUAGCUCAGGACCUCGGAGAGCCCCCGCUCUCUGCCACCUGCGUAGUGAGCAUCACUGUGGAUGACGUGAACGACAACGAACCUGUCUUCCGGAAGCAGGUGUACAAUACCACCCUUGCAGAACAUUCCCCAGUGGGACACUGCUUUCUUCAGGUAAAAGCUUCUGAUGCAGACACAGGCCUCUAUGGCUUUGUGGAAUAUUCUCUCUAUGAUGGAUUCCAAACUUAUGAAGCACCUCGAGCAUUCCAAAUUGACCCACAUGAUGGACAAAUAUGCGUUUCUCAAGAUAUCGACAGGGAAAGGGAUCCAGCUACCUAUGAUCUCUUGGUAAAAGCUAAAGAUGGGGGUGGGCUAAGUGCCCAAGCUUUUGUCCGUGUGGAACUGGAGGAUGUGAAUGAUAACCGACCUGUGUUUAACCCCUCAACCUACGUGACGAGCAUCAGCAGUCAGACCCAGCCAGGCACCGAGAUCACCAAGGUUCUUGCCACUGACAGGGACUCUGGGGUGUACGGAACACUGGCAUAUGAGCUCAUUCCUGGAGACCUGUCAUCCUUUUUUAUCAUUGACUCUACCACAGGAAUUAUUUAUUUAACAUCACCUGUUAGUCAUUUGGAAUCCACUACAUUUUUGCUGAAGGUCUGUGCACGAGAUGGUGGUGGACUCACAUCAGUCAUUAAUGCUGAUGUCUCUGUGCACGUUCUUGCCACAACCCUAGCACCUGCAGAAUUUGAAAGACCCAAGUAUACUUUCUCAGUUUAUGAAGAUGUGCCUGAAGGCAGUCCUGUUGGAACUGUGAAAGCAAGGGAGCCCUUAAAUUCCACGGAGCCAAUCUUUUACAGUAUCACUUCUGGCGAUGUGGAAGGCAAGUUCUCCAUCCAUCCGUGGCUGGGCGCCAUCCGCACCCAAAAGGCUCUGGAUCAUGAAGCGCAGCCGGUGGUGGUGCUCACGGUGCAGGCGCAGCUGGGCAGCUCCCCGGUCUGCAGCAGCACCGAGGUCAACCUAACCAUCCUGGACGUCAAUGAUAACCACCCAGCCUUUCUCACAGACUCUGACGAGAUCCAAGUAUUUCCGCACACACCUCCAGGCGCGGCCUUGUACCUCGCGAGAGCAGAAGACAGAGACAGCGGGCUCAACGGAUUGGUGCGGUACUCCCUUGGCAGCCAGGCGUGGGGCAUGUUCGCCAUUGAUGGAAACCUGGGCGUGCUGUACCUUAACCAGAGCCUGCGCGGCACCACGCUGCGCAAACACACGCUGACACUCACGGCGCAGGACCACGGGGCGCCCCCACGCGCAUCUCAGUUAGUGCUCACUAUAGUUAUCAGGGAAGAACAAUCAAGGCCACCCUGGGCUUUUGAAAAUUUGGUUUACCAAGCAGAAAUCAGUGAAUCCCUCUCCCCCACGACUCAAAUACUCCAGGUCCAGGCCUACCCGCUGCACCCACCAUCCGGGGCGCAGCAGCUCCGGUACUGGCUGGAGCCCACCACACACUCGGCCGUGUUUGGCAUCGGCCCCUACACAGGCUGGAUUUAUUUGCAGCGGCAGCUCGACUAUGAAUCCACCCAAACGUACCAUUUCAGAGUGUUCGCCCAGAUCCCAGAGGACAGAGUGUUGCAGAAUGUGAGCGCCUCUGUAACUAUCCAUGUCCUGGAUGAGAAUGACAAUUCCCCGACUUUCUUCCAUGAUGUGGUGUUUCUGAAAGUCAAGGAGAGCCCUGUGCCUCAAGGGGUAAUAGGCAAGAUCACAGCAGUGGACAGAGACUCUGGGAAGAAUGGACAGCUUUCCUAUUUCCUUUUGUCUGAUGGAAAAUUUUUCAAGAUGAAUCCCAAUACAGGCGAGCUUAUAAAUUGGGUGGCCCUGGAUCGCGAGAGCCAAGUGCACCAUCAGGCGACUGUUAUCGUGACUGACCAUGGAUCCCCACCACGAAACGCCACCAUGAUGGCUUAUAUCUCAGUUACUGAUGUCAAUGAUAACAAGCCUUAUUUCCCACAAUGUUUCCCUGGAAAGGAAUUACACAUUAAAGUUCUGGAAGGACAACCAAUAAAUAUGUUGGUUACAACUGUGUUUGCAAAAGAUCUUGAUGGAGGAAACAAUGGAGAAGUUACAUAUUCAGUGUCUUCAGGAGAUAGUUCUGAUCCCUUUAAAAUUGAUGCUAACAGUGGUGAAGUAAGAACCACUGCUAUACUUUCGUAUGAUUACAGACCUUCCUACAGGAUGACUGUAAUUGCUAGUGACCAAGGAGUACCCCACCUCCAAGGACAGGCAGUAAUUAAUAUUCAGGUGAUACCACAAUUCAAAGGGAGUGCUGUAAUUUCUCAAAGUAUUAGACAUUUGGUUAUUCCUGAAAACCUGAAGCCUGCAAAAAUUCUGAGCCUGAUAAAGUCACCUGACCACCUUCACCAACAUCAGAGUGGGAAGUUACAUUUUACCAUCAUUGCAGAUGACAAGGAUGGUCAUUUUGACAUCGACAGCUCAACAGGAGACUUGUUCCUUUCCAAGAGACUUGAUUAUGAAAUGAAAUCUCAUUAUCUUUUCAGGGUGGUUACCAGAGAUCUUAGCAAGACUCCACCCCUGAAUAGUACAAUCUUCCUGAGCAUUGAUGUGGAAGAUCAGAAUGACCACUCUCCGUCUUUCCAGGAUGAGGUUAUUGUGAUAAGUGUAGAAGAGAAUGUUCCCAUAGGUACUCUGGUGUAUUCCUUUAAUGCCAAAGAUGGAGACGGCAGUUUUCUGAACAGUAGGAUACAGUACUUCAUCGAAUCACACCACCCUGGGAGGAAUCCAUUUCUCAUCCAUCCCUCAUUUGGCACGCUCGUCACUGCGUCCCUCCUUGACAGAGAGAGCAUUCCCACUGUCAUCCUGAAAAUCACUGCAUCAGAUCAGGCUGUGAAUGUGACUGACCGGCGACUGAGGUCAGUGGUGGCGAAGGUUGUGAUUUUAGAUGUAAAUGACCACAGCCCCAUGUUCACAUCCUUGCCUGUUGCUCACAUCCGCGAAGAUGCCACCGUGGGCUCCAUGGUGCACCACAUAGUUGCUCAAGAUGCAGAUGCAGGAAGGAAUGGGAGAGUAACGUACAGCAUCCUCUCAGGCAAUGAAGACAUGGCCUUUGCACUAGAUGAGUCAUCAGGUAUAUUAACUACAACUUGCCCUUUAGAUCGUGAAAUAAAAGCCCAGCACAUUCUGACUAUUCUAGCUUUGGAUGAUGGUGUACCAGCACUUUCUUCAUCCCAGACCUUGACUAUUACUGUUUUUGAUGUAAAUGAUGAGGUGCCAGUAUUUAAACAGAACCUGUAUAAAGCUACCGUUAAAGAAAACCAAAUUCCUGGAUCAUUUGUCACAAGGGUGCAAGCCACGGAUAAAGAUUCAGGAAUCAAUUCCAAGCUUCAGUAUGAAAUCAUGCCGGGUGCUUCCUCUGGGUUGUUCAAGAUCAGUCCUGACACGGGAGAGGUCAUGACAGCCACCACACUAGACAGAGAACUUCAGGAUGUCUUCACUUUCAGAGUCCUUGUGCGAGAUGGGGGCAUGCCUUCGUUGUCAAGCACUACAACCAUUCUCUGCACUGUUGAAGAUGAAAAUGACCACGCACCAGUGUUUACUACCUCACAGUACCACACUGAAGUUCAAGAAAACCGAGAGCCAGAAGUCAUCUAUACAGUUUUGGCCUUUGAUAUGGACGUUGGCAAUAAUGGAGCUAUCAAAUAUCACAUUAUUGAUGGGAAUAUUGAUGGAUAUUUUGCUAUUAAUGAGACAUCAGGAAGACUUUCAACCACACGUAGUUUGGACCGGGAGCACAUCGAGGCCUUUACCCUUGUCAUCCUGUGCUCUGAUCUGGGAGAUCCAGCUCGGAACUCGGUGAUGCAGCUGCAAGUUAGGGUGUUGGAUGAUAAUGAUCACAGCCCUGCCUUCCCCACACUUCAUUACCAGACCUCCAUAAGGGAAGAUACUGAAACUGGAACAGUGGUCCUCCAGCUCACUGCAGUGGAUGAAGAUGAAGGCCUGAAUGGGCAAAUUCAGUAUUUUCUGAUUGAUGAGACUGCUGGUACAUUCACCAUUGAUCCUGUGGCUGGCACAGUGAGAACUGCCCACACCCUUGACCGAGAAGCCAGAUCCCAGCAUAUAUUCAAGGUAGUGGCCAGGGACUGUAGCCUGCAGGGCUCAAGAAGCACCACAGUAAUCAUAAGCGUGCAUGUCACCGAUGCCAAUGACAAUGAUCCAGUUUUGGAGCAGAACCCCUUUGAGAUUUUCCUUUCCCCUGAGUUGCCUGAAAACUUGACUAUUGCCACUCUGAUGGCCCAUGACCCAGACCUGGGACCCAACGGAACUGUUGUUUUUAGUUUUUCAGAAACACAGUCAAUAUUUUCUAUUGAUAAACAUACAGGAGAAAUUAAACUUCAGCAAAAUCCACCUUCAGAAUAUUUUCCUAUAUGGCUGCAGCUGAAUGUUGUGGAUCAAGGUAUCCCAGCCAAGACAACCACUGGUCUCUUGGUUGUUCAUAUGGAAGAAGAAGAUGUCAAGCUUUCCUUCACCCACAGCCUGUAUAGAGGGAUUGUGCCUGAAAACUGUGAGGCAGGUACUUCUAUUGUUUCUGUGAAAGCUUUUACUCUUGACACAAAUGGGGACAUCAUUAAAUAUUUGAUUUUUAGUGGAAAUGAAGAUGGAAUAUUUUCUCUGUGUUCCAACUCAGGAGAACUCACUGUGAAAGAACCCAAGUUUCUUGAUUAUGAAGUCAGAAAUGAAAUACAACUCAUCGUGCUGGCUGAAAGAGGUGGGCAGAGAGCCUACAGCAAAAUAGCAGUCUUGGUACAAGACAUGAAUGAUAACCCACCAUGUUUUAAGCAAAGUGUUUACUAUGCAUCGGUGCCAGAAGGUCACUUCUACAAUGCUCAUGUCAUACAGGUUUUUGCUACCGACCCAGACAGUGGGUUUAAUGGCCUCCUUGAGUAUUCCAUUCUUUCUGGCAACCUAGGAGAUGAGUUUCAGAUUGAUGGACUGAGCGGAGUGAUAACAACAAAUGCAAUUCUGGAUUAUGAGUCUACCAGCUCCUACAGUUUGAUUGUGCAAGCCACAGAUAAAGGGAUGCCUCAACUUUCUGCUACAAGUAUUGUCAAGAUACAGGUGACAGAUAUAAAUGACAAUGCCCCAGUCUUUCUUCCCUUCAAAGCAGUGGAAAUGCCAGAAAAUUCUUCGCCUGGUGAAGUUGUGACUCGGGUAUCAGUUCAUGAUGGGGAUUUGAAUUCAACUCUCAUCUUCAGUUUCACCAAAGAGAGUAAUCCUGGCAGCAAGUUUGCCAUUGAUCAGAACACUGGAGUAGUGAUGCUGGUGAAAACACUGGAUUAUGAAGAAGCUACAGAAUAUGACCUGUACAUCCAAGUUUCUGAUUCGGUGCACCACACAGAGGGAAUGCUCAUGGUCCAUGUAUUAGAUGUCAAUGAUAAUCCACCAGUGUUUUCUCAAGAUAUCUAUCAGAUCACGGUUCCAGAGUCAAUACCUGUGGGAUAUUCAGUCCUGACCAUGUCAGCUACAGACUUAGACAGCAAUGAGAACAUUUCUUACAGAAUUCUUUCCCCUUCUAAGGAAUUCGCAAUUGAUCCUAUGAAUGGUACAAUAUUUACCGUCCAUCCUGUUUUAUUCUUGGAUAAAAUAUCAACAAUCCGAUUCCUUGUUGAAGCCAGUGAUGGUGGAGUUCCUGAAUUGACAGUUCUUGCCCAGGUGGAAAUAGAAAUACAAGAUACGAACAAUUAUGCCCCCAAAUUUACAGCAGAAUUCUACAAUCUUAGCUUGAGUGAAGAUGCCCUAAUUGGAGGCACACUUGUUACAUUUUCAACCUCUGACCAUGACUGGACCCAUGAAAACACAUUUGUUGAAUAUUCCAUCAUCAGUGGUAAUUCCCAGAAACAUUUCCACGUGGAAACUAGUGUCAUUCAUGCAGAGCACACUUACACACAAGUUGGUUAUCUUAUGUUACUUCACAGUUUGGACAGAGAAGCAGUUGCCAGGCAUCAGCUUGUUGUUCUAGCAUCUGAUCACGGUUGCCCUCCUCUGAGUUCCACCGCCAUAAUAUCUAUCGAAGUACUUGAUGCUAAUGAUAAUCCACCUACAUUCACUCAUCUGGAAUAUCAUGCUCAUGUCAGGGAAAGUACCCCUUUAGGGAGUCAUAUCACUGUGGUCUCAGCAACUGACUGUGACAUAGGUUCAAAUGCCGAAAUCAAUUACCACUUAAUAUCUGGAAAUGAGAGAGGACAUUUUCAACUAGAAGAAAAAACUGGAAUUCUCUACUUGAUUAAACCUUUGGAUUAUGAGGAAACAAUUAAAUUUACUUUAACUGUCCAAGCUUCAGAUGAAGAAAAGAAACAUUUUUCCUUUGCAGUUGUCUUUGUCAAUGUCCUGGAUGACAAUGACCAUACACCUUACUUCAUGUACCCUAGAGUCAACUGUGUGGUUCCGGAAAAUCUGCCCGUAUCAUCUACUAUAUGUUCUGUAAAUGCUUUGGAUUUUGACACAGGUCCUUUCGGAGAAUUGACGUACUCAAUUUUAUCACCUUGUUUUAACAGUCAUGGACAACCUCACGGUCAUGAUCUCUUCUUCAUUGACCCUUUUACUGGAGAUAUCCAUGCUAAGCAAAUGCUUGACUAUGAACUUGAAGAUAAAUACUGCAUCACAGUUCAGGCAAAAGACAAAGGUGCUUCAACAGCUUCUUUAAUGGUGUGGGUGGAUAUUGAAGGGAUAGAUGAAUUUGAGCCCAUUUUCACACAAGAUCAGUAUUUUUUCAGCCUUCCAAAUAAGAAUAAAGUAAAACAGUUAGUUGGCAAAGUGGAGGCAUCAGAUGCUGAUGCUGGUAUUGAUGGAGUUGUUCUUUACUCGCUUGAUGCCUCAUCUCCUUUCUUUUCUGUAAAUAAAACUAAUGGAAAUAUCUAUUUGACUAAUACCCUUCCUCUGGUAAAAAGUCAAGUCAGCCAAGAAGACACCAUUGAAAUGAACAUAAUUGCUCACAGUCCCAAACAGGACUCUAAGUUUGCAUCUUGCAUUGUUUUUGUGAAUGUGUCAUUUUCCCCUGAAGGAAAGCACUCUGCAGUAUCAGUCAUCAGUUUUUCAAUCAGCCUUUCCAUCUCCUUUCUAGUGUUUCUGUUUCUCGUAUUCAUUCUUGUUAUCCUAGUUCUAAGGCAUAAACCAAAAUACAGAGCAAACAAUUAUGAAGAAAAGAAAAUCCCAUCUCCCUUAGAUGUCAGCCUGAGAUUGACUGACGAUGCCAACAUGCUCCAGGGCUUCCAGAAAACGACUGAUUGCAGCGAUGAGUUGGUUCCCAUGGACUAUAUGCCUAAAUGGUUGAGUUUAAUAAGCAUCAUGGAGAAAGACAUUGUACAUCUGUACAGACAUUCCAAUUCCAGUGGUCACUGUUCUGUGGAAGCAGAAAGUGCAGAAGAUAAGGAGAUCCAGAGGAUAAAUGAGCACCCUUACAGGAAAGACUCUGGCUCAACUUUGAGUGACCAGGAUUCUAGAGUGCCAGACUCCGGAAUCCCAAGGGAUUCAGACCAGCUUUCUUGCUUGUCUGGUGAAACUGACCUGGUGGUCACUGCUGAAACAUCAGAAACCCGGCAUACAUCGGAGGAAGGUGGAGCAGGAGAACGUACCUCAACCUAUGGUCAAAAUGAUGUGUUAUCUCAUACACUUCAGAGGAGAGGGGUAAAAGAGGACACCCUGGCUGAUGCCAGGAAAGAGUACAUCUUUGUUUCAGGAGAGCAGGAGGAGAAAGGCACUGUCCUUUCAACCCAGAAAAGCUCUCAUCACUUUGUGAGCGGUACCUGGGAUCAUGUCCUCAGCUGGGAACCCAGGUUUCAACCUCUUGCCUCAGUAUUUAAUGAUAUUGCAAAACUGAAGGAUGAACAUUUGCAUAUGUCUGGCAUUUCCAAAGCAAAGAAAUCUUUUGUUUUUCCACCACCUUUGAUAACAGCAAUAGCUCAGCCUGGAAUUAAAGCAGUUCCCCCCAAAAUGCCAACUGUAACCUCUGGACAAUUACUUCAGAAAUACCCACGUUCUCCCAUUCUCUGCCCUCUGAGUUCUCUGCCAGAGGUCAUGACUCCCAGCUUUUCUCCAUCCCUUUCUCUAUUAACUGUACAGACUCCUGUCAUGUCUCCACUGCUGCCAAAUGCAGAGUUAUUAGGAACACAACUUAAUGGCACGUGCCAUGAACAGAAACCAAAAGAUGAAGUUAAAAUAUAA